AUGGCCUCUAGUGGUGGCCAGGAAGCAAAUGGAGCCGUACCAAACACCGCCCAACAAGCCCAAGAAGGAAGCAUUGAGACUACAGACUCAGGUGGUGUUCUACCAGGCGAGAUGAGCGAGCUACGGAGAGUUCAGUUAGCGCACGAAGGCAUGCGCCUCUUGCUGUGCAGCGAGUUAAAACAAGCCGAGGAGCUGUUCAGAGUAUCCAGGAAUCUUGGACCAGAGUUGAGUGUUGGGUUCAGUUUCGUGCAGCUUGUGCGAGCUGUGAUGUCAUUCGAGGAAGAUGCUAUGGACAAAGCUAGCAAGAGUUUAGAGGUCACUAAAACGUUCUGUACCUCCCACCAGCAGAAGAGAUUCACCUUCUUCUCCAGUAGCCCUGCCCCACAAGAUCGACUGACCCCUCACGAAAGAAUCAUGAGACGAUGCAUCGUUGCAGACUGUAUGUUGUUCGAGGCCAUUCUAGUAUUCCUCAAGCAGGGCAUCACUAGCUACGUCAAAGGUGGCUACCUACUACGCAAGGCAUGGAAAACGUACGAAAAGGUCUACCAAGAAAUGGAGGAGUUGUGUUCCUGUCCCUCUCCCAUUUCAAAGACAGGCACCCUCUCACCAACUGACAGACACGUCGGUACAUCCAUCUAUGAUAGGAAAAUUGAUGACGGAGAAGUUAACGAUGAAGAGAUCGCAGCAUCAGCAGCUGAUGUUAAUGAAACGCUCUCUGCAAUGCAGCUGGGUUUUUCUUCACUGGGUAUCGGAGAGACUUGUCCAGUGGGGGAAGACGAGGUGUGUCCAGAGCUGAGCAGCGGAGAGGGUGGGCAGAGCUCUGUGGAGGCGACCAAUGGCAGCACAGAACACAAGCCUGCAGCACAGGAUGCCACCGAUGGGAAACCCAAACCAGCCAAUAACGGACGUAGAUCAGCCUCGGGGUAUUUUGCUCCAGAUGUUCCAGACACGAAUAUUGCCAGUCUCGAGCAUGCAGACUCUCGACUGAGAGGAGGGAUCUACUUUGGUUAUGGGCUGAUGAACAUCAUUCUCUCCCUCAUACCACCCAAACUGAUGAAGCUAGCCAACCUGUUUGGUUUCUCAGGCAACAGGCGAGUGGGACUGGAGGCUCUCGAGUUCUCCAGUAAUAGUCAGGAUAUGAAGGCUCCUCUAGCCAGGAUAUCCCUGCUGUGGUACCACACAAUCAUCCGUCCAUUCUUUGCUCUGGACGGGGAGGAUGAAGAAGCUGGUGCUGCCGAGGCUGAGCGUCUGCUAGCCACAGCCACUACUGAGUAUGCCAACUCUCCUCUCUUCAUGUACUUCAGAGGGAAGGUUCUGUACUUGCGUAGUGAUCUGCCACAAGCCCUACAAGUGUACACAGCAGCGACAGCUCUGGCCAGUGAGCAGAGGGAAGUGGAGCACAUCAUACUCUAUGAGAAAGGCUGGGUCCACUUCCUUCAGCUGGAGUAUGGUGAAGCUCUGCCCUGCUACAUUAGGCUGAAGAAUGAGACACGGUGGUCAGCCUGUUUCUAUGCUUACCUUGCAGCUGUGUUGGCUGGUUUGUCUGGGGACAUGAAGCAAUCACGAGAGCUCUUCCUACAGAGCACCAAGCUGGUCAAGAAGAGGAGCAACAAUCUCGAGAAGUUUUGCUCACGUAGGGGUGCCUGGUACAAGAAAGGUGAGACUCCAUUGAUGGCUCUAGAGGUUCGACUCAUGGCCGUGGAGAUCAUCUACCUGUGGAGAGCUCUACCAUUCUGUAGCCAGUCCACUAAACAGCAGCUACUGGACACUCUCAACAUUGCCCUCCCUCCAGGGGCUACCCCCCUCCAUGUUGCAUUGAGGGCGUGGCUUAAAGGAGCCCUACUCAACACAAUGGGUCAGGCUGCAGAGGCAGAAACAAUAUUGCAUGAGUCUCUGCGUCAUGAGGAAGCUGUCAAGUACGACAAGCACAUCUUCUCAUUUGCUAUCUACGAGAUGGCCAUGAUCAACAUCGGCAAGAAAGAGUUUUCUCGGGCUAGACGUAUGCUGGAUCUGGCUAGUGGAGAGUACAGUGGUUAUGAGUUUGAGGCUCGGCUUAACUUCAAACUAGCUACAGGUGUCAGCUUAUUUAUACGUGUCAAUUUGUACAUAUCUAGGAUGGAAGCAGGUCUCAAAGUGCUGUCUCCUGGAGACCCCAUUGGUGGACGGUCAUGGUCCAGUGUGGUAGCUGCUCCCCCAUGCUCCCUCGCCACAGUCAUGGAUGAGGAACUGGCCAGAGAGAUACAAGCACAGGAGGACGGAGAAGAAGGAAGACAACCUGGCUCCCCUCUAAAGCUGCUCUCAAUGACCCCUGCUCCCUCUGACACUGACUCUGACGUGAUGCUGGCACAGAUGCUUCAGCUUGAGUUUGAUAGAGAACACGAUCACAGGAUCAAAGCAGAGGAGAAGCAUUACAACAAGCACAACAAAGUUCACGUGUCCUUUGAGAAGUAUCGCUCCCUCCCUGACUCGUAUCUCCAUGACGAUGACGACAGCCCCUCACCCGAUGACAGUGACGAAGAUGUUGAAGAUUUUGAACGUGUUGCUGAAACCACACCCUCUAAAAGCAGACGAAGAUCCAAAGGCGUUUCUGUUGGCACGGCAACCAAGCACGACCCAGAGAUAUGUGGCCGUAGGAACGUGAAGAACAUGGAGAAGUUUCCCCCGGACUUUCCAGCGGGAGACAUGAGCGAUGAGAGCAAGGACUUCAGACUACCCAACAGUGUGUUCAACACCUUACGUGCACACUCACAAAAGGAGGAGAAAUAUGCUCAGCGGCUUCAUGAGAAGAAAGAGCACUCCACAGUGGAGCAAGCUCUGGAUGCUAAGACCAGACUCUUGCUAUUCAAGAUGGUGAAUGCUGGAGUACUGGAGGAGGUCAAUGGUUGUAUCAGCACUGGCAAGGAGGCCUGUGUCUAUCAUGCCAAGGGUGGGAAACCUGAUGAUCGCAGUGUGCCAGAGGAGUGUGCUGUCAAGGUGUUCAAGACAACACUCAAUGAGUUCAAAAACAGAGAUACUUAUAUUCGGGAGGACUACAGGUUCAAAGGUCGCUACAAGAAGCAGGGCUCGAGACAGCUAGUCCAAUUGUGGGCAGAGAAAGAGAAGCACAACUUGAAGAGGCUGAGUGAAGGAGGCGUGGCAUGUCCGGAGGUAGUCCUGCUCAAGAAGCAUGUCCUAGUGAUGAGCUUCAUUGGUCAUGAUCAGAUCCCCGCCCCCACACUCAAGGAGGCCCCUCUCUCUAGAGACCAACUCACUAGUGCCUAUCAGCAAUGCAUCCAGGGCAUGAGGAAGAUGUACCGCAAGUGCCAUCUGGUUCACGCUGACCUCUCAGAGUACAACAUGCUUUGGCACGAAGGUCAUCUCGUCUUCAUAGACGUUGGCCAAUCAGUGGAGCCCUCCCAUCCCCACGGCCUUGAGUUCCUGUACAGAGACUGUGCCAAUGUCUCGAGGUUCUUUGGCAAUGUGGACAAAUGUCUGUCAGCACAGGAACUGUUCAACUUUGUGACUGGACUGAAUAUCCAUGAGGACUCAGAGGAAGCCUUCCUCAUUCAGGUUCGUACUCAUACUAAACGGGAGAGCGUUAUGCAGAACAUUCACAACAAGACAGACUAUCCCUUCGACUACUUCUUUGAGCACACUAACGCAAAGAACACACCCCUUUCAGAGGAACAGGAAGUGGGUGUGGCUUCAGAUGACUCUGUAACCGACGACGAUGCGACUAUAGACUAAACCAUACACUGUAUAGUCUGUAGACACUAUUAUUAUCAUUUUAUUAUUGUGCUCAUUAAUAAAAGUGAAUAUUGA